AUGUGUAAAGAAGAUAUCUAUUCAUUUCAUCUGUGCUACUAUGAGUGCGAGAGGUGCGAGGACUACUCGCUACACAAAUUCUGUGCAGAACUGCCCUUAACUUUGAAAAAUCAUCACUUACAUCCAGCCCACGAUCUUACCUUUGUCGACAGAUGGUGGCUUACUACUUAUAAAAGGAACGGGUGUGGUGUCUGCAAAGAUAAUAGUACCCAUGAUGAUGGCAGAUUUAUUGUUUACAAUUGUUCUAUUUGCGAGUUCUACAUGGAUAUAAAUUGUGCUACUUUGUCCCAACAAAAGAUGGUCCACCCAAGUCAUCCUGAUCACCAACUUGAACGAAUGAUGGGGACGAUGAUAUCAAAGUGUCAUGCUUGUGAUAAUGAGCAUAAGGGGACCUUCUAUCAUUGUCCCACUUGUGUUUGGUUCGGCCGGAUUCAUCUAGAUUGUGCUCUGCUGCCUGCCAAGUUAUCGAUCCAACAAGUUACUGAUGAUGCUUUUACUCAUCCUCACCCGCUCACCCUGGCUUAUUCCUUUCCGUUAGUUGAUUAUGCAAAACAACAUUAUCCUCGGUGCAGAGUUUGUAGUUCCUACUUCAAUUAUUUCUCGUGGCUUUACAAAUGCGAUAAAUGUCGCUACUAUGCACAUGUCGAUUGUGCGACUUCAAAGAAAGAGCCUUUCAUGUCCAUCUUCUGGAAACAAGCUAAUAAUAAAGAAAACGAUGGCGACGAGAUGAUCAACCACUUUGGUCAUCAACACCCCCUCGUUUUGUUCAACACUACUACUACAGAAACAUCCCUCAUUAUUAGCAAAUCGGUUUCUCUACUACUUCACAACCCCAUGGAAAGAAUCCAAUUGUUAUGUGAUGGAUGUGUGAGGCCAAUCACGACGGUGCCAUUCUACAAGUGUUGCCUCCAGCAACAAGAAAACAACAACUGCAGCUUUGUUCUUCAUACAUGGUGUGCCACGAUGCUACCCUCUGAGAUACGAGACCACCCGGGACAUCUACAACAUUCUUCAGUACUUGCUCUCGUUACAAGAAGAAUCAUCCCUGCUAACAUCUUCCAUUGUGGCAUUUGCGAGUUACCUUGCAAUGGUUUCUCAUAUAGAUGUUGCACGGCUAACUGUGAUUUUCGUGUUGAUAUAAAUUGUGCCUUUAUACCUCAAGAAAUCACACAUGAAGCUCACCCGAAUCAUCUUCUCUCACUAGUAAAGUUCCCUAUAGGAUAUGGUGACUACCAAUGCGUUGGAUGCACCUAUCUUCUUAGACGGAACCAGCUUAUGUACCAUUGCCCAUCUUGCAACUUCUACUUGCAUAGUAAGUGUGCUCUCUUACUGCCCAAAAUCGUAAGGCAUAAAUAUGCUGAUAGGCAUCAUCCAUUGACCUUGAGAUACGAGCCAGUUGAGAACCAUCCUAGUAAAUACUUCUGUGACAUUUGUGAGACGGAAUUUAACUCUCUUAGGUGGUUCUAUCAUUGUAGUACCACAUGUGAUGCAUCUAUGCAUUCUGCUUGCGCACCCGUGAUUCUUCAAUGCGAGAAAGCUGUAUAUUCCCUGUAUCAGAAUUCUGUGUUUGAGUUUCUGAAUGUGAAGUUUGGAGGGAGUUUUAAGACUGGCCAUCAUCCACACCGUUUCACCUUUGAUCAAGGGAUAUCGGAUGAUGGUGGGUGCAAAGUGUGUGGUUGCCGAUUACAGUACAAGAUGAUCUUUAAGUGCUUCGAGUGCAAGUUUGCAUUUCAUCAUGAUUGGUGUGCUUCGAUAUAUGCACGUCGUCGAGCAGGUAUUUAAUUAAUGGGAUCGAUCAACAUCUGUAUAUAUACUUUGGUGGUUAGUAGUGUCGGUGACAAGUGGUGAUCGAUGACAUCCACAAUUGAUGUUGAGUGGUCUAACUGUGUAAAUUGAUACAAUGGUGAUAGUGAUGAUUUAGAAGA